CAACAGGAGACCGGUUACCUUUCAGAACUUCCGUGCGACUCCUUAGUAACGUGUGUCCCGUUUCGAGAGCGGCUAAUGUCACCGAUGCUCCGAUGAAGCUCCAGCUUUGUCGCCGCGUCUUUAUAUCCUCACAUGCCGCUUCUCCCUGAUCGUGCCUUCUGUGCUGCAUCCGACAGGCAAAGAAAUAAUCAUGGCCUCGGUAGUCCCCCCCCGUCCGGGCUCCUACUUCUUCGCCUUGUUGAGCGUCGUUUUGCUGCUGCUGCCGGCGGCUGUCAGUGCCUCUCAGGGUGAUAAGGAGCCGGUCUACCGAGACUGUGUCAAGCAGUGUGUCCGGACGAACUGCACUGGGGCCCGCCUCAGAGGGUUUCAGUCUGCUCAGCCACCUUACAUGGCCCUGACAGGAUGGACGUGCCGUGAUGACUGUCAGUACCAGUGUAUGUGGACCACCGUGGGCUUGUACCAGGCUGAAGGGUACAGCAUACCGCAAUUCCAUGGCAAGUGGCCCUUUGUACGGUUCCUGUGCUUCGAGGAGCCAGCAUCGGCCCUGGCAUCACUGCUCAACGGCCUGGCCUGCCUCUUGAUGUUGCUGCGCUACCGCCGGGCGGUGCCCCGCCAGAGCCCCAUGUACCACACCAUCAACGCCUUCUCGCUGGUUUCUCUCAAUGCCUGGUUCUGGUCCACAGUGUUCCACACACGGGACACAUAUCUCACAGAGAAGAUGGACUACUUCUGCGCGUCAGCUGUCAUCCUCUACUCCAUUUACCUGUGUUGUGUCAGGACCCUCGGGUUGCGCAGGCCAGGAGUCUCCAGUAUUGUGGGAGUGCUGCUAAUCUUGGUCUUCACCUCGCACGUCUCCUAUCUCACCUUUGUUAGCUUUGAUUACGGUUACAACAUGGCUGCCAAUGCCACCAUCGGCAUGAUCAACUUGUUUUGGUGGCUCUGCUGGUGCUGGCAGAACCGGCACACACUGCCCUACUGGUGGAAGUGCGGUCUGGUGGUGCUGCUGCUGCAUGGCCUGGCCCUACUGGAACUGCUGGACUUCCCCCCCCUGCUCUGGGUGCUGGACGCCCACGCCGUCUGGCACCUCAGCACCGUGCCCGUCCACUUCCUCUUCUACAGCUUCUUAAUAGACGAUAGCCUGCACCUGCUCAACACGGAGAAGGCAGGGGUCAAGCUGGACUAGAAGGAGCGGGGCAGCCGCUAAAACGAGGCGUGAUUCAGCCUCCAUCAGACACUCCACUGGUUCUUUGCUGUGUGAUGAAGCUGUUGGAUGUAGGUUUUUGUUUGCUUUAUGCUGGGGAAAUGGUCCAUAUUUUUUUUUAUUAUUAUUAAUUGAUUCAUGAUUAUGUUUUGCAUUCACUGAGCUUUGCCUUGUAAGGAAGUGACUGAUGGAAUAGGUCCAGUUCGAGAUGAUAGGGGUACGUUACCAUUGGCAUACUUCAGCCUCCCAACCCAAAUGGCAUAUCUGAACCAUACGGCCUGGGUCUUUCUGUGUGUUUUGGGAUGGGUGGAGCUCUUGCUCUGACAAUAUAUACUUUUGGUUCUGCUGCCAUCUAGAGUUUCAAAUCAAACCAUUUACUGAAUCUUAAGAUUAGAUGUUUUAAUAUUUCACAGUACCUGUAUGUUACUGUGUUGAUUUGUCAGUGAAGUAAACAUCGAAUGCACAUCGAUUUGAAGGAAAACACAAAAUUGGGCUUUUCAAUGGGUGCUGUGAACAAUUGUUGCUGAAAAAUGGCCUUUUUUCUUUGAGCUGCAGUGCUGAAAUUAGCCAGUUGGUGGCACCUUUGCUCCACUAACAUGGAACUUCAUCCACUAUACUUGAUGCUUUGUGCCAAACAAGAGAAUAAUGUAUCAGGUGCCUUUGAAGUUUGCUGCGGUUAUAGUGUUCACCGGGGCUUCUAUUGGUCUGGGUCUCAAACCCCCCCAUAUCAAAAUUUUACUGCUGCUUUAUAUUUACGAUGGUAUCAGUUCUUAACUUUAUUUUAUUAUGCUGAUUGAUUUUGUGUAUCCAAAAAGAGGUGGAUUUGCCAAUGAAUAAUCUUCUUUACUUGGACUACUUUCAUGUUUGUAAGGUAAGCAGAAAGAUAGUCAGAUGACAGUUUGAGGUGGUAAAAUAAGGGGAGGUGAAGAGGACCAUUGGACGGGAAUUGGAAAGGAGUUAGGCACUGUGGUAUACUCCAUGAUGCAUGGCAGUUUCUGUGUAGAUACUCUGUAUAUCCCCUGUGUGUGUCUCAGGUUGAGGGUAAUGGGCAAAAAUCUGGGUCCAUGUCUCUCUAUUUUGUCUUGACACAUGACGGCAUUACAUUGUUCAGUAGUUUCACUUUUUUUUUUUUUUUACAUUUUCUCAUGACCCUGCGAUGGGUUGGCGCCCUGUCUUGGGUUAUUCCCUGCCUUGCGCCUGUAGCUUCCGGUAUAGACUCCGACCCUGUGUUCCUGCAUAAGACAAGCGGGUACAGAAAAUGGAUGGAUGGAUUUUCUCAUGUACAACUUUCAUGCUUACAAGUUCUGGAAAGUGGUUCAUUUGUGCUUGUGUUUUUGUCCAGCUGGAGAUAGUGGAGGUAUGAUUCUCUUUUGGUGAGAUGUUAAUGUUUCUUUUUUAUAUUGCUAUUAAGCAUCAUUCUUUUUCUUGGUGUAAUUUUAUAAAGGAAAAAAAGUUAAAAGGUGUGUAUAUUAUAAAUGUCAAACUGACAGCUCCAGCUAACUGCUGGUGUGUGCUUCCAUAAUUUGCUUUAGUCUUCUGUCAUGAACAUUGUUUGUCACUUAUUUGUGUGUGUGUGCGUGUGUGUGCAUGUGUGUGUUUGCGUGCACGUGUGUAUGUCCUUGAGUUUGAGUGUGGAUUUGAAGUAAUGAGCUUCAUGAGUUUGAAAACCAAGUACAUCAGUUGAUUGACCCUCAGUUCACGUCAUGAUCUUUCAUACUUGAAGAGCAGAAGACCAUCCCUCAUACUGUGAAGCUUUGAUGGAGGCUAAAGCGAGUCCAGGCCUGCUCUGUUAACUACAAUUGUGAAAAUAAACAAGCUGUCAAACAAUAACUCUUACAGGUUUAGGUACAUUGUCACAGUUAUUAUGAUGUCAUUUUUUGCCUCAUACCACUGAUGAAAUUAAAGAAUAUCAGCUAAA